AUGCGAGUUGCCCAGCGCAUGCGACAGAACGCGAUGAACGAAGCGGAGCUGCGUGCCAACGCUCAGACGAUUCUCUCGACGAUCCACCAGUCCCGACCAAAAACUACGACCUCGGCGUACGGGCCGAAGCAAGAGGAGUUCGAUCAAUUUUGCCAACGCAAACAGUACAGCGACGGCGCUACGGUUACGGAGGAGAAGCUUCUACUCUUCCUCGUCGACGAGGUAGCAGGCCGGCCCUUGAAGGUACGGAGUCGCAAAGCCGCCGCCGACACCCCGCAGGACGAGACUCGUCUGGCCUGGCGGUCCGUCCGAACAUAUGUUGCCGCAAUUACGGAUCUUUACCGUACGCAAAAGGCCCUUGGAAUGAAUACGCACCCGUCGCCUCGCGAAGACAACGUACGAGAGUACCUCAAGUCCCUACAACGUCGGGAUGCCCAGCGGGACAAGGAGAAUUAUGCCGAUAAAGGCCGCGAUACGCUUCUCGAUGGCUACUCGGAGUCCGAAUUUGAGCGCGGAUGCCCGGAGCUCUGGGUUCACAGCGGGACAUCGACCGAGUGCCAUUUUCGGACCCUCGUGGAUCUCCUUUUCGGCCAUUAUCUCCUCACCCGCGGCGGCGAUCGUCGGGCCGCGGAGAUCUCAGACCUUUUUACGUUCGAGUUUGCCGGCGAGGGUUCGACCCAUUGCAUGCCUCUCAUCUUCACGACGCGAGCCGGCAAGCAGAACCAGCACGGGCGCCUCGAGACUGCCGGUGCGUAUCGGAAUAGGAACCCGCUUAUCUGCAUCUUGGGUGGUCUCUCGUUUUACCUACUGUGUCGUUGGGAUCUCGGUAGUGAGCCAUUUCCCGAUUUCAGCCGGCGCUCCGCGUGGUACGAUAUCCGCCUGAUCAAGGGUAACGGUACUGACCGAAUGGCGGCCUUCUCGUACAACUCACAGCGCGACUGGGUUGUCAAAGCUUUCGCUUACGCUGGGGUCACGUCGCAGAAGAAGACGCACGUCGGCCGUAGCUCGGGGGCGAGGACGGCGGAACUGAAGGGUAUCAGUGAGGAUCAGAUCCGCCGGGCUGGUCGUUGGAAUCAAGAGCAGAUGGUCGGCUGCUAUUUGAACUCGCUGCCUCGCAAGUUCAUGCGCACUAUGGCCGGCCACCCGCCGCAGAUCGGAUGCUUCGAGAUACGCCGUGCCGGUGUGACGCCUCCGGAGGUCCUCCUUUCGAUGAUAUGGCCUGAACUAGACCGUUGGCGCGGUCGUUUCGGCCCGGGAACCGAGCAGGAGAACGACUUGGCGGCGAUGGGCUCGACAAACCUUCUUUUCUAUCUGCGCGAGGUUGUGUUGCAGGAUUCGGUUAUUUUGAUGAAGAAAUACCCCGGCAGCCCUGUGUGGAACCACCCUGUCUUCCGGCAUCCGGCUUACGCGCCGUUCGCCCAGCAGCUAUCGGACUUCAUCCUCGAAGAGGAGCGGCCGAGUCAGCUGGCUGUUCUAAUCCAAGCGAUGCCGGUCCUUGCCGACUACCUUCAAUCCGUCGACGCGCGGAACGAAGCCAGGACUUCUCAGCUUAGGACAGAGCUGACGGAGCAGCUCCGGGCUACAGAAGAACGUCUUGCAGAGGCCCAAUCGUCACUCUUUUCCAGCGGUUUCAAUUUACAACUCGCAGCCGCGACUCCCACCCCUGCCACCACGGCCGCGGUAGCGGUGGACGCCGUUGGACAAGUUGGGCCAGGGGACGGAAGCCGAUCUGUCUCGACGCAAUCGAGCAUCAUCGACAGCCGUGCCACGAGCCCCAGAGCGGCAGAUACGAUAAUAGUUAAGCCAGAGCCUCCGCCACAGUAUCAAAUGUGCCGAGCAGUAAAGACUGUCGAGGCACUUUGGAGUGAGUGGACGGAUGGCCUUCGCGGCGGGCCAGCCGUUGCCGACCUCAACAGCAGAUGGGGCAGCCGGUGGCGCGCCGGCCGGCAAAAUGAAUUGCAAUGGUAUUCGUUGCGGCUCGAGGUCAUUAGGGAGAUUCGCAAAAUUGCGAAGGCUCACAGGUGUAGUGAGGAGGCAGCGAUGCACAUGGUCAAUUUACAACAGCAACAAAGCGGGUGCUCGCUUGACUUGUUUUGUAAACAGCUUCGGGCGAACAGGAAGGCGCAGAUUGGACGUUCAAAGAAGUAG